AUGUCUGAGUUGAUUCAAACAAGUCUUCUAUCAAAAGUUGAGAAAGACCCAUUAAUCAUUUCACCCAAGCCUAAAAGGGUUUCUUUGGUCCCCAUAAAGCCCAAUAUCAGCAACCCCUUCAUUUCUUUGCUCGAAAAUCAAUGCAAAAAUGAAGAGGAUUCCAUCAUCAAUGAGUUGCAGUUUAUAUUAACCCAGCCUGAAGUACAAAAGAAAAAAUUACCAAACCCCGUACAGUCGCCUGCAUUUUGCAGAGCUCAAAGACCAAUGUCACGCCAUACAAGUAAUCCAAUAAUCAACGAUGCAUUAUUCCAAGAAUUAAACUGUUCUUAG